AUGCUUACUGAAAUCGCACACUUCAUCGACCAGAGCCUGGGCAGCUCUCAGUCUACCCUCGCAACCAUCGCGGGGACUGGUGCUGUCCUGGUCGCGCUGCUCCUUGUCUACAGGCACAACCCAGUCGCAAAGAGCCCGUACCCUCUUGUCGGCGCAGACUUCAAGUACCACCUCUUCAAAAGCAUCCGUCAGCGUCUGCACUGGUUCAAGCACGGGCCCGAGCUCAUCCACACCUCGUUCAAGAAGUUUCCUGAUACCAUCUUCACGCUGCCUUCCCUCGAUCGAACAUCCAUAGUCCUGCCUCCUCGUUACUUGCAGGAGAUCAGAGACCUCACCAGCAAAGUCGCCAGCAACUCCCAGGCCACCUCAGAUUUCUUUGUCGGCAACUGGACCAGCCUGAAUUAUGACAUUUUCGGCCAUGCCACCAUCGAUGCCAUCAAGACGCAGUAUAUUGCCAAGAUUGGCCAGCAGAUUGAACCCGCCGCGAGCGAGGCCGCCUAUGCCUUCCACAUGCACUUUGGGUCGUAUCACGUGGCCCAGCCCAAAAUUUUGCAGCUCGUCUCCCAGAUGGUCGCCCGAACCAUCGUCGGCCCCGACAUCUGCCGCGACCCCGAAUGGGUCCCCGCCGUCAUCGGCUACGCGCAAAACAUCUUCCAGUGCGCCGUCUACCUCAAGCUGGUCCCCGACUUUACCCGCCCCUUUGUCACCCUCUUCACCCCCUACCGCUGGCGCAUCGAAAAGUGCCGCCGCACCAUCCGGCGGCUCACCCGCCCCGUGAUCCUGCAGAAGAUGGCCUGGCGCCGCGACCGGCCCGAGUCGUGGCGGGAGCACGUCAAGAACGACGAGAUGACUACGCUCGAGUGGCUCAUCGAGACGUCCAAGCCCGAAGAGUCGACAGUCUACAUGCUGGCGCACCGGCUCACCGGCGUGAGCUUUGGCGCCGCGCACACGACGUCCAACACCAUCACCAACGCGCUCAUGGACCUGGCCAACGAGUUUGAGCGCUGGGCUCCGCCUCUGCGAAAGGAGAUUGAUGAUGUUCUUGGUGGCAACACCAAGGGCAUCACGAAUGCUGAUUUGUCCAAGAUGUGGCUCCUCGACAGCUUUUUCAAGGAGUCUCAGAGGUUUCACCCCCCGUCGAAGCUAUCUGUGAACCGCAAGAUGAUGAAAGACCACACGCUCUCCGACGGCCAAGUUCUCCCCAAGGGCGCGCACGUUUCCUUCGCGGGCGUCCCCAUGUCCAUGUCCGGGUACUACUACGACAACGCCGAAGAAUUUGACGGCUUCCGCUUCGAGCGCCUGCGCCGGCAGGGCAAAAAUGAACAGGCCGGCCUGCAGUUCACGUCUUCGUACGGCGGCAGCCUGCACUUUGGCCACGGGCGGUACAUGUGCCCGGGCAGGUUCAUGGGGAGCCUGAUCGCCAAGCUGCUCAUGAUCGAGCUGCUAGUGCGCUACGAUCUCAAGCUAGGGCCCGGUGGGAGACCGGAGAAUAUCAUGUUCUUCGACAUGGAUAUCCCGAACCCAAAGUAUGGGAUCUUCUUCAAGGACAGAGCGGGUGAGGCAAAAUAG